GAGGUGUAAUUCUCGGAACUCUUAUUGUACUGCAGGUCUCAGAGGUGUUAAGGGUAAAAAUUUCCACUGCUACCCCCCUCCCCUUGCAAUAAACCUCUAACUUUACCUUCUGUACAGACAGCUUGCCUUGCACACCCCUGGAUCCCCCUGAACAAGGAUGUGGGUUCUUUUGUUUCUUUUUCUUUUCUCAAUUUGAGCCUAUUCAUAAGGCUGUAUAUUUAUUGGUGAUAUUUUUGACAGUUUUUUUUAAGAGAGAAAGAGAAAGAAAGAAAGACAGAAAGAAAAGGAAUGAAGAAGAGGAAAAAAGAGGAAGAAGAGGAGGGAGAGAGAACAGGAGUGUUGUUGCUUAACUGCCCAGGCUAGAAUGCAGUCUAAAAAUGGGUAUUGAAAACCUCCCUUAUACCGCCAAUUGUGCUUAAUAACGGCCAACCAAUAUUUCAUUUAAACCUGUGAGUAGGUGUGAUGUGGUACUAAGAGUGCAUGUCUUGUGUGUUUAAAGUGGAGAGUUCUAUAAAUGUUUAUUAAGUUUACUUGUUCUGGAUCUGAGUUCAAGUCCAGGAUAUCCUUGUUAAUUUUCUGUCUCAUUGAUCUAUCUAAUACUGAUGUUGAAAUCUCCCACUACUACUGUGUGGGGCGUCCAAGUCUCUUUACAAGUCUUAUGUAUCCUGCAUUGGGUGCGUACACAUCCAGGAUUGUCAGCUCUUCUUGUUGCGUUGAUCCUUUUAUCAUUAUGUCCUCUUUUGAUCUUUUUUUGCUUUAAAAUCCAUUCCAUCAGAGGCGAGAAUUGCAACCUCUACUUUUUUUUUAUUUAUUUAUUUAUUUUGCUCUCCAUUUGGUUGGCAAACCUUUCUCCAUCCCUUUGCUUUGACUCUUUAUGUAUCCUUGCACGUAAGAUGGGUCUGGAUGCAGCAUACCGAUGGGUUUUGGCUGUAUCUUUUGAUUGGGGGAUUUAGUCAAUUUAAAUUUAAGAUUAUUGCCAUUUGAUGUUAGCUGGCUAUUUUGCCCAUUAGUUGAUAUAAAUUCUUCAUUAUGUUGAUACUCUUUACUUUUUGGUAUAUUUUUAUUGUAAGGUAAGGAUGGUAAGGAUGUGGUUUUGCAGCUUAAAUGCCUUGCUCCCCCUGAGCUCGGGGCCAUGGGUUGGAAAGACAUGAGUCCUCCAUGGCCACCGGCAAUAAAGACCCCGCAAUUUGGCAUACUUUUGUCUUGGUGUUGAAUUUUCACUCGCUCCGGUGCAACACUGUAAUCCCAGCACUUUGGAAGGCCGAGGUGGGUGAAUCACGAGGUCAAGAGAUCGAGACCAUUCUGGCCAACAUGGUGAAACCCCAUCUCUACUAAAAAUAUAAAAAUUAGCUGGGUGUGGUGAUGCACGCCUGUAGUCCCAGCUACUCGGGAGGCUGAGGCAGGAGAAUUACCUGAACCCAGGAGGCGGAGGUUGCGGUGAGCCGAGAUCGAGCCACUGCCCUCCAGCCUGGGUAACAAGAGCAAAACUCCAUCUCAAAAAAAAAAAAGAAAGAAAGAAAAAAAGAAAUUCUAGCUCUUUGCCAUCGUUUCUCCUCCCUUGGAGCCGCCGCCAUGAAGGUCGAGCUGUGCGGUUUCAGCGGGUACAAGAUCUACCCCGGACAUGGGAGGCGCUAUGCCGACAGGAAGGUUUUCCAGUUUCUUAAUGCAAAAUGCGAGUCAGCGUUGCUUUCCAAGAGGAAUCCUCGGCAGAUAAACUGGACUGUCCUCUACAAAAGAAAGCACAAAAAGGGACAGUCGGAAGAAAUUCAAAAGAAAAGAACAUGCCGAGCAGUCAAAUUCCAGAGGGCCAUUACUGGUGCAUCUCUUGCUGAUAUAAUGGCCAAGAGGAAUCAGAAACCUGAAGUUAGAAAGGCUCAACGAGAACAAGCUAUCAGGGCUGCCAAGGAAGCAAAAGAGGCUAAGCAAGCAUCUAAAAAAACUGCAAUGGCUGCUGCUAAGGCACCUACAAAAGCAGAACCUAAACAAAAGAUUGCGAAGCCUGUGAAAGUUUCAGCUCCCUGAGUUGGUGGAAAACGCUAAACUG